AUGGAAUUAUAUAACUUCCUAGGCAGUGCAGAUUUUAUUUCCACCAACAAAGAUUUCAGCCUCCGAAUGGAUGUCUCCAUGCUUAUACAACCUCUUAGAAGAAAUUCAAGUGUUGCACGCCGUACGGAUCUAAAGCAUCAGCUUGAAAGAGGAAUGAUUUGGGUUUCCGAAGCAUCAGUGACCCGAUUGAACCUACAGAUCAGUGCUCAUGACGCAUCAGAUGUCCUAGUCUCCGCUUUUGUGCCCGCCGCUGGGGAGAUGCUACGCUAUUCAAAGCUCUGGAAAGAGUUGGGCUUAGUUCUUACGUUCAAGAGCUGCCAGUUUUGUGAUCAGGAAAACCCUCCAUUCUUCCAGUUAUCUUUCGGAAUCGAGAGAUCACUUGCACAGCCUGUUAUGUUGCCAAUCGCAAACCGCAGAGUCCCAGUAUCCGUACAGACACCGGGCAGCCUGAUCCCUCCUCCGCAUGUCGACACUGUGGCGGUCUCUGGGAUCACCAUAGCCCUGCAUCUUAUGCCCACAGAUUUGAAGGUGCAACCACAUUCUCGCGUGCCGAUAAUGCCUCAUGUAAGCGAGGAGCUAUAUGAAGCGUUGGGUCCUGCAUUUGAGAAGCCGGAGAUGGACCUCACCUCUGAGUAUGCACUACUGCAUAAUCGGGACAUGCUUGAGAACUCUAACAUGGAGGAAUUCAUGGAAGAACUUGAAGACCUAGAUGAUAGCCAAGAUAGCACCCUCCGGUCAAGUGCUCCGGAGCAGCAGGCGCUACAUGAACUGCUAAGCAAAGGCAUCAGUCACUUAUUCAUUGACAGCAAUUCCGAGCAAAGACAAAUAAUGCAAGGUACACAUACUUUAGGACAAUUGCCGAGCCUCUCAAAAAUGGCGCCGUCGCUCUUCAGUCCUGGUUACCAUACAUCGAUGAGUCAACGUUCAUCGCUGAUAACAUCGCUCGUCAAAUCCAUGAAGUCCAUGUUGGAUUUGCCAAUGCAUUUUCAUCAAGAUCUCACUAGUUCUUUGAAGGAUAUUUAUAUACCGGAGGACUUCCCAUCGACGGCGCCAGACACACUGGACAUCUUGAAGACGGCUUUUUGGACUCUUGCCCAAAAACAACUAUAUGAAGCAGAAGCAUCACAGAAGUUGAGACCAUGGGUGUCUUUGCCCAUCCUUCCAACUAAGACACAUGCCGAUGAAUCCUUGCUAGAGAUUAAUUCUAUGGAAAUGGAUCCCGACUGGUAUGAUCAUGCUCUCGAGCAGGUCGAUUUGACAUCUGACUACUACUUGGGCACAGAAGAUCAUUUGAAGCUCAGCAGCGAAUCUCAGACACACUCUCACCACUCUCACCUACCAACCCAAAUUGACUGUGUAAGCUCCGUCUAUGAGAGCUGGUACGACUCAGCGAAUGAAGACCAAGCAGCUGCAAUGAGUCAACCUGGAUUGGACAAUUUGAGUUUGUCACCGUGGUCGAGUUCCCCAGGGCCCAUAGCCGACCUGCCCGCCUUCGGAAGUGGUGAUGACAUGAUAUGUGAAAAUCUGUGACUAAAGAUCAGGAACUACGAUAUUUAUGGGCAUCGUCAUCAGC